AUGGAAGGCCGAAGUCUCCCCCAGGCUCUCUCGUCCAGCUAUGCGCCGCGUCUGCGCACCUACAACAACUCGCUGCUAACCCCCGUCCUCCAGUCCACCGCGCCCGGCCCCGUCGCGCGCACCACGAAGCGUGGCACCACCGUCAUCAACUACGCCGAGGAUGGCUAUGACUACGAUGACGAUGAUGAUGACGACAACCGUAGGCGGCCCACAGGUCUGCGCAGUCUGCGCCGUGAGGACAGUGCCUCGAGGGCAGAUGCCGGUGACAAGGUCGGCAAGGACACCAACGUGCCCGUACAUCUACAGGGCAUCUGGAGAGACUGGAUGACCAAGACCAAGGGCAGCGCCGACAUCAGCGCCCAGGCCCAGGCCGCCAUGCCCGUCACCCUGAUCCCUAUUCGCAUCGACGUCGACAUACCUGCCUUCAUCCCUACCGCCUCAUUCCCCUUGCCGAGAGGCGUCACCCAGCCACCCAUCAACGACCACUUCAUCUACAAGCCGGGCGAGAUGACGGUCCCUUACAAGUUGAGGGAUAUUUUCCUCUGGAAUUUACAUGAGACGGUUAUCACGACCGACCAGUUUGCCCUGGGGCUUGUCCAAGACCUAGACCUACCUAAUCAGAAUGCCAUUGCGAGCGAGAUCAGCAAGCAGAUUCGGACACAACUGGAAGAGUACGCUGGUGUCGCACUCCAUCCCCUCUUCCAUUCCGGUGACAGGACACCCACGAAUGAAACUGUCGUCAAUGGAAACGCCCCUAAUGGAACAUCUGCGCACGCACCGCAGUUGACAUACCGUGACAAAUCUGCCACGCCCGCCACGCCUCUGCCCCAGUCAAGUCGGGGCCCAGAGACGCCUAUGCGGUACGCUCUCGACACCCCCUCCAAGGUUGUCCCAUCACAGCUUCAGGACGUGACGGCGACCGCCACUCCCAUCCCUGCAGAUUCUGAAGACUAUAACCCUGAUGAUACAUACCGGUGCAUUGUCACUUUGAACAUAAACCUCUCGUCCGAAGUGUACACGGAUAAAUUUGAAUGGUCACUGUUACACCCGCCCGGGACUGCCGAGGCCUUUGCCAAAGUGACUUGCGCCGAUCUAGGUCUAUGGGGUGAAUGGGUUCCUGCCUUGACGCAUGCUAUUUACGAAGCAGUGCUGCGGCUCAAGAAAGAGGCUUGCGAGGCCGGAGGCUUGGUGGCUGGCUGGGGUGCUAUGGGCGCCGAGCAACCAAACGAUGCCGCCCAUGGCGCCGAUGCCGGCUGGCGUUACGACCCGGAGCAGCUUGCAGAUAGCUGGGAGCCCAAGAUCGAAACUCUCUCCAAGGAAGAAAUCGAAAAACGGGAAGUGGAUAGAGAAAGGCAGAUUCGUCGUCUACGUCGCGAGACGGCCCGGUUUAGUAGUAACGCUGGUAUGGUGGGUGGUAUCCCCUUUGGCAUAGGGGUCGAGGUGGAGGAGGAACGCAUGGGGCGGGGUGAAAGGUCCAAGAAGAAGCGGAGGUUUCGAAGUCUGAGCCCUCUGGGACGUUCGGGCACACCGGGUGGUCGAGGAACACCUGACGUUGGGUAUGGGGGCGGCGGCGUCGGUUCACUAACGGACCAAGAGAGGUUUAACUGGCGGUGUACUCACUGCCGUAUCUGGGGUACUGGCGUAUGGGCUGUUCGUGACGGUCCAUAUGGCCCUAGGUCACUAUGCGCCAACUGUGGCCAAUCCUAUGAAAAAUAUCGGAAGUUACCGCGGUGGACUAAGAAUCUCCACUUCACCGACCUUCCUGUCAGACCGAUAUAG